AAGAGGAAGUGUCUUGGGUCCGGGGGAAGACUGGCCUGUCUUGGUGGGUGGGGACCGUCAUUAUCAGCUUUCUGGACACACAGAGACAGACAGGAUGGAUUUCCUCCGGCUACAUCUCCCUGGGCUGCAUCAGGCCUUGAGGGGGGCACUGGAUUCCUUGAGCACCUUUCUCUCCUACCUUAUGGGAGAUGAGGUCCCCACUGCAGAGACGAGGGGGGCGGGGGCAGCUGAGGAACUACGGGAGGUGGCAGCAGGAAGGUCAGGGCGGACUAUGGAAGAGGAAGCCCAGGAGGCCCUGGGGGGCCUUGGCAGCAGCCAAAGCAAGGGGGAGGGAGGGCUGAGAGGGGCUGGAGAGGCUGGAAGACACCAGGAGGGAAGCUCAACUACAGAACAGACCUGGGGUUGGGGAGAAGGCAGCUCCCAUGGGUCUCAAGCAGAUAGGCAGGACACUGGAGCCUGGGAGGCAGCCAAGGCCACCAGGUGCCAGGAGCCAAGUGCUCCCUUGGAGGCCAGGAAAAAGUCCAAGGCACGGUCUGAGGCUGGUCGAGAUGAGAGCAGCCAAGCCCAGGAGAGUCAGGAGCCCGAUGAGCAGGAAGUGACCAGAGGGGAGACACUGAGAACCUGGGAACAGGAGGAGGAGGAGGAAGAGGUCAGGGCAAGAGAGCCAAGGGUGGCUGAAGGGGCGGAGUCAGUGUGGACCUGGCACAGGGAGUCUGAGGAGAAGGCCGUUGCUGACGGGCAAAAGGUGGCAGGGGAUGGCAGGGAGAUGGAGCCGGCAGUCAAGAAGGCAGUUGCAGAGGAGAUCCAGGGGCCUGGGGCUAAAGGGGCUGGGAGGGAAGAGGAGGUGGUGGUAGUGGUGAGAGGUAGCCAAAGCACAAGGGCACAGGGGACACAGGAACAAGGGGAAGAAUCUGGGGGUGGGGCAGCUUCAGGCAGGGAGGAGGCCCAGACAACCUCAGGCAGGGAAGAGGCUGAGACACUCCCAGAUGGGGAGGAAGCUGGGACGACCUCAGGCAGGGAAGAGGCCUGGACAACCUCAGGCAUGCAGGAGGCUGAGACACUCUCAGGUGGGGAGGAGGCUGGGGCAACCUCAGGCAGGGAGGAAACCGAGACAACCUCAGGCAAGGAGGAGGCCUGGACAGCCUCAGGCAGGGAGGAGGCCUGGACAACCUCAGGCAUGGAGGAGGCUGAGACACUCUCAGGCAGGGAGGAGGCCUGGACAACCUCAGGCAUGGAGGAGGCAGAGACACUCUCAGGCAGGGAGGAGGCCUGGACAACCUCAGGCAGGGAGGAUGCUGAGACAAUCUCAGGCAUGGAGGAGGCUGAGACACUCUCAGGUUGGGAGGAGGCCGGGACAACCUCAGGCAGGGAGGAUGCUGACUUCCUAGGAGUCAGAGAGACAGAAUAUGAGGCAGUCCUAGGAAAAAGGAUCCCAGAGGAUACGGAGAGAUUCUGGGCCCUAGAGGAAGCCUCCGAGGGAGACCAGGAGGAGGAGGUAGAUGAGAACAGAGAGGAUGAGGGAAGCCUGUUCCCCAAACAGACCCAGGGCCUGGGAACUGAGGGAGUGGAAGAAGUGGCUGAGGACCAGACAGCAGAGAGAAAGGCUGCAGAAGACCAGGAGUCAGAGGGGGAGGUAGGGGAGGGCUUUGAGGGCCAGGAAGAUCAGGGUGGGAAAGAGGCGGAGGGGAGGCAGGACUCAGAGAUCAGGGCUACUCAAGCCAGUCUGGAGGAGGUGCCGCCGGCAGAGGAGGCCGAGGAGAAGAGACAGAGUUGCUGGGCCACAGAGGCUGAGCUGCCUCAGGACAAAGCUGCAAACGAGGCUGAAGGUGACGCCAACUUGGAGGCGACCCCACAGGCCAGGCCGGAGAAGGAGCUCUGCGGGGAGAGGAGUGAGGAGGAGGCUCAGAUGGGUCAAGAAGCAUCAGAGGUGGAGUGGAGUGGCCUCAAGCACGAGGUCACUGAAGGCGAGGAACCUGAGCUGAUAGGAGGCCCCCAGACCCUGAGAGAGCAACCUGAGGAAGGACAGGGGUGUAAGGAAGAGCUCUGGAGCAUUCCAGCCCUGAGCAAAGAGGAGACAGAAGGGCGCCUGGAGGAAUAUCCCAGGCACAUGGGGUACGUAAAGCCUGAUACCUCUGAGGCAGAAGUCUGGGAAAACCGGAGGAGAAGGGAUGUGGAGAGAGGACAUUCUCAGGAGGAAAAAGCAGAUGCUGAAGAGGGGGAGGAGGAGGCGGCAGGAGGCCAGGCACUAGAGGCUGAGGCUAAAGGAGGGCAAGAGUCUGCACUACCAGAGGUUCCGGAGGCAGGCUGGGAGUGGAAGAAAGCAAAGGAAGCAGGGUGUGGAGCAGAGGAGGGAGAGGCCCCUGGAGCAGAGAGCCAGGAACUGGGUGGAAGGCAUGGGGCAGAAGCAGGGACAGGCCAGCCACUGGGAGAGUCAGAUGCCAGAGAAACCAAGGAUGAGGAGGUGGAGGCUGCAGUGCCCUGGGGGGCCGACGGAACAUCCAGGAGAGGCUGGAGGCUGGAGGAGGCAGCUCUGAGCCUCCAGGACAGCGAGGACACCUGGGCCAGUUCUCUGGCUGCUGAGAUUGUGGAGGAAAAGGCAGCUCUGGGUGGAAGGACUGCCAGGGCUGGGGAAGGGCCUGAAAGAGAGGCUGGGGAAACGUUUGGGAGAGGCUGGGAUUCAGGAGGAAGAGACGAAGCUGGGGAAAGUGAGGACCUGGUGGAGACUGCAGAGGGAGAGAAUAGAGGUGAGCAAGAGUCUGGCCUGGAGGGCUCAGCAGAGGAGGAGGUGACUGACAGAGGUAGCCAAGCAGAGGAUUUUGAGGCCAAGGAUGGUGAGCCCUGGGGAGAUCAGGCUGAGGCCAGGGAAUCUGUGGUGGCAGAAGGAAGCUGUGGGAUGGAUGGCUUUACCUCGGGCUCCCACGAAGCUGGUGCAGAGGGGACCAUGGCCAUAGUGGAGGCCGAGGGGCUCCCAGGAGGGAAGAUGCAGUUGGAAAAAGAGGCUGGGGGAUGGCAAGCAAGGGAGCAGGGGCAAGGCAGUGAGGGGCAGGAUGGGGACCACCAUCCCGAGGGAGAGGUACAAAGGCUCCUUGAGGUGGAGGAUGUCAAGGUGACUGAAGACCAGAGGGCAGGGGCCGAGGAGAUUGAUCCAGAAAGCCUGGAAGACGUCCAGAGCCAGGAGGACCUGUCAGCAAACCAGGACCCCACAGAGAUUGAGCCUGGGCCAGGUGCUGAGGCUGCAGGAAGUGCCAGAGGGGAUGCUCACAGCGGCUGGAGUGAGGCCCUGCUCCCUGGGUCUCGCCUGGACGUCUCUGUCCCACGGAGCCGUGUCCUCCUCUCCCGCAGCUCCUCACAGCGCCGCUCCCGGCCCUCUUUCCGACGGAGCCCUGCCCCUGAGCAGCAGGAGGAGCCUCCCAGCCCCCCACCCGAGCAAGAGCUGUCAGCCCCUGAGCAGAGACUUCUCCAGCCAGAAGAACCCCCAGAGUCAAGCCCCCCAAGGCCCGAAGGGACCCCAGUGCCAGCCAGGAGAAGGCCCCUGGGACAUGGGUUUGGUCUUGCGCACGUUGGCAUGAUGCAGGAACUGCAAGCCAGGCUGGGCCAGCCGAAGCCCCAGUGACUGGGACCCGAGACCCUGGGAGCCAGGCCUGAGUGAGGGUCAGAAGGCUCUGUUGAACCCUGCUCAGCCUGACUCCCUCUGCCACUUUGGACGCACCCCUUCUACCCUCUGGGCCUUAGAUUCUUGGUGUGUCAUUCACGGAGCAGACAGAAGCGGAUGUCUGCUAGAACUACGAACUUAAGGAGUCUGCGCCUCCAGUGCAGCCAACGGACCACUUGCCCCACUGGGACCACCUCUCACGGCCUGUCCUGACUCCCUCCCCAGCCUGUCUCACCUGUCCAAAGGACUGAGGGGACAGAGACAGUUCUCCCCACAGCGGUCCCUCUCUGACUGCCCCCACUCCCCACCUACCCCCAAACCCCUCCCUGAGCCCUCAGAGAGCUAUGUAGGAGUAACACAGACCUCUGGGGUUGCAGCCGGCCCAGAGGAAACAGGUCAGGAGGGCCUACAGAGCUCCAUUCGCCAUUAAAGGGUGAUGGGAAGCAGUCUAGACACCCUGAGCUUCCAAAAUGGGAGCUUGGGCUCAGAACCCUGCUGGUUACUAUGGCAACUAACCACUGAGCAAGCCAGAGUCGGCGAAGUGGGCAAAGAACCCACAAAAUCUAGGAGCAGAGAGGGGUGUGGGGUGGCCAGAGGCUGCAGACUCCAUUCCAGGCCCCCUUUGGGUGUCAGGUACCCCUUCUCUGAAAAGAAGCCGAGGCAGAGAGAGGGUGACAGUGCUUUAUUAGGCACCCUGCAUGGCGGCCUAGCCCAAGGAAGAGUAGCAGGCCCUGAAACAAUAAAUAAACCAUCAUUUCCCUAAACAAUAAAUAAAUAUCCAAGAAAUAAAUAUCUGGCAAGGA